AUGCAGCCUUGGGAACAGGUAGUGGAAAAGUUGAAUAUUUUGGAACGCGACGUUCCGGAACAAAUAUUUCUUCAAAAGCAAUUGGACUUUCUGGAUGGUUUUGUCUUUAAAAUCGAAGAAGAAAAGCUUUCUCAUAAUCUAACUGCAUUACUGCCGUAUAUAUCGCCAAAGGAGAAUUGGAUUAAUUUUGAGAACAAUGAGUUGGAUGUUGAAUUUAAGAAACCAUAUUGUGAGCGAGCAUAUCGACUCUUGAGUAUAUUCGAGGAGGAGAUUAAACAAUAUGUGAAAGAAGAAGAAAAUUGGGAAGUUCUUCUGACGUUAAUCUCGCUACGAGGUUUAAGAUAUAAACCUUUUGAGUUUUUUUGUGUUCAAAUAGUCGAUAAUACACUGAUAUCGAUAUCCACGGAGGAGAAAGAGAACUUUCAGAAUCAUGUUUUGAAUUAUCAGUCUUCCCUGUUUUCAAGAGAUGAUCGUUUAACAGGACAAGGAAGGCGAUACGCUUAUGAACUUCCUCCUGAAAAGUUCAGACAAGAUCAAACAGAUGCACUUCUAAACCCAUCAUGGAAAUUGAAGAAUUUCUUUAUUCCUGAAGUACUAAAUUGGAUAGUUUGCAACAAAAAUCGAUUUACAAUUCGAGAUAUAUGGCAUAAAGUGAUUCCAUCAGUGCUACGGAUUUUGAAUGAUCUUAACCCUUUGAUAAAACAAAAGGGUUUGAUGUUAGUUAAGUCAAUACUAGAUGUAGCAGGUCUUGAAUUUUUAAUGCAUACUGGACUAGCCGAAAUUUUACGUGAAGAUCUAAUGCUAUUUUAUACAUUUUUACCCCCGCGAUAUAAAGCUGAGACAUGUUCUUCCCUUAUAAACUUCUCAUUUAACGUACUAAUUCAGUUUGCAAAAGAAAUGCCAGACUUGCUAGAUAAGUUAUAUCUGGACGGUGUUAUGUAUAUCUUUCAGUUCGCCUCAGACAGCAUUCCCAUGAUUCGUCUCGCGUUUUCGGAAUGCAUGUAUCUCAUGAAGACAUUGAAUCAUAGAUUCUUAAGAUACCUUAGUACAACUCUGGAUCAACUUUGCUUAAGGAUCGAGAACCCAUUACUUUGUAACACUCCAGAAUUUCUCUUUUUCCUUUUGGAAGCACUUCAGUCAUUCUUACAUUUUUAUUAUUACCGCAUAUCCUCCCAUCAUGCACAAUUUCUCAUUUCCCUAGUUUCUUCAUAUAGGAAUUGUACCCACAGAAACUUAAAAGAACUAGAUUCAUGCAAAGAAAAAAUUAUGGAAAUCCUUAAAUUUAUUGAAGAUAAUUUAACAGAAUCUCAGAGACUGGACUACCAGGCUGUAUUGCCUUUAAUGGAACGCCCAACUGCUUGA